UCCUCUCGCUGCCUCCCCCCUUGCUCCUCUCCUCUCUGCUAUCUCUCUGAGAUCUUCCUUUGCCCCUUCCUCGCCGCCGGCGAAUUCUUACCGCCUCUAGGUCGUGACAUAAGGAACCUACAAAGCCACUGGCAGGUGGCUCCACACGACCCCUAGUUUCCGGGUCAACGGGUCCACCAGCCAACAGCCAAUAAACGAGGCAAUCACGGCAACCCUCUCGAGCCCAUUGGUCAGGUCAGGUCUUCCCACGCGGAAGGACGAGGAAGGUUCACGAAUCCCCUCCUCACUUCGCCCCUCCCCCUCUCCUAUUUCUUCUCUCCGGGCCCCGGGCCAAAAUUCCAUCCUAAGUUCCAUCGAAGAGGGCGGCAAGGGGCGAUCCGGAUAGCGCAAGAGCGACCAUGGCCUACGUCGAGAGAGGUGUUGUGAAAGGCAAACGGACAAUCUGGAGACUAAGCAUAAUCCCCGACUUCUUUAAGGCUAUUGUGAACUUCAUCAGAAUGUUCUUCCUCACAAUGUUUUCUAUCGAGAAAACAGACAGCUAUAAGAAAGGAUAUGGUAGUGGUAAGAAGUGGGAUGGUGGACCUGGUGGGGGAGGUCCUGGUGGGGGUCCAUAUGGUGGUGGGGGCGGCGGUGGAGGUGGCCCUCGCGGUCCUCGCACACUAUCUGACCUCCGAUCAAACGAUCAGAGUUCCCUCCCUGCUUGUGGAUCCUGCUGCGGAUGACAUCUUAACAAAAGAACAACAUAUUAUAAUGACAGAAAAACUUCCGUAUUUCAUUUCAGCAGAGCAAAAUCAUUGUGAUGCCGUGAAGAGUCUAGCAUGUCCAGUAUAUAUUCUGUAGCUUGUUUCUGAUGUGAUUUGCAUACUGUAUUCAUCAUCGCUUUGCCAUGCUGAAUUGUCCUGGAUGGAGUCAAAAUCUUAUCCUUAAUACUGGCUUCCUGUUGUGCAAUGUGAAUUUACUAUGUAUACCGUUUGUCUACUUUGUAAUUCCGUGGAGAUUGGAAUUGGCGAAUUGUUUGCUGUA